GAAACCAGCAGGGCAGCGUGACCUCACGGUGUGUCUGAGGGAUUUCUAACCACGUCAAUCAUCUCCCUCGGUUUCGUCUUUGUUAACCGGAUGUAGCCGCCGUCGACGGUACCUCAGCUCUGGCCCCGUCUCGACCCGGGACUUUCCGUAGCGAGUCGGCUGCAUUGCAAAACGGUGCAGGUGACAAAAAACUAAGGAGGGCAGCCCAUUAUCCAACCAAAAGAGGACACAGUUUUUCUCAUUAGGCUUUUUACAUUCCAUUAUGGAAGCUUAGACUCCUAAAAAGGGAUGUCCGAGAUGGGGGGAGGGGUUUGAGAUCGCACAUCCCAUGGUCUAUGUGUGUGUGUGUGUGUGUGUGUGUUUUUGCUUGCUUGAGGCUUUAAUUUAGUUCAUAAUGUUUGUACACAUAAUCACUCUCCACGUGUUAAGGUUGAACUGGUUAGAUCAUGUAUUAGACAUGUGUGUGGUAAAUGUACAGGGUAACAAAGUGUACACUGACCCUGGGUGAAUGUGAGGAUGUUUUUUAGGAUGGUCCAUGUUUUGUUUUUGGGAUGGGGACACAUCUACUGGGACUGUAAUUGACACAUAAGUUGUAGUUUCACCAGUUAAAUUAUCAGAGGUGUUGCUCUCCACGAGGUGCAGAGAUCCAUGUUCAGAUGUCACGCAGGCAUCAGGAUGGUUGAGGGAAUUAAAUAUGCUGUGUGAUAACUGUGGUUGCUGGACCAGUGGUUUUGUUUCUUCUGUGAAAGAGUGAAAGUAAGUUUCAUGAGCCUCACUUUCCUUUUCACUGUCGAAUCUCCCACAUUCUGUUUUCUGUCUUGGUGUGUAUGUGUGUGUGUGUGUGUGUGUGCAAGACCUUGGGUUUUCUCAAACCUCUCUCCCUAUGAAGGACAUCGCUUUUCCCUCAUAUCACUUUGGUUAAAUCUUAAGAAAUGGAAACUCUUGUUCAACUCAAAAACAACCAGUUCUUGAUGGGGUUGUGUCGCAACGGACCUCCACCUGACCUACAAUAUGAUAACUCAUCAGAGCUCUUCCGCAUCUCUACCUUUGCUCGUUUCCCGACUUCGGGAGUCACAGAGCGGAGUCUAGCGAGGGCCGGUUGGUUCUACACCGGAGUGGGAGACUGCGUGCAGUGUUUCAGGUGCAACGUGACGACAGAGGGCUGGCAAGCCGGAGACUGUCCGAUGGAGAGACACAGACAGCUCUCUCCCUCCUGCUCCUUCAUCCAGAGCCUGCCGUCUACAGCCAACCUGCUCUCCUCCUCUCACUCCGCCUUUUCCCCGCUCCGCAUCGCCCCAGCCAUACCACUGUCCGGUCCAGGCCCGGCUGCUCCCAACCUGACAGGAAGCCAAGGUGAAGAGCCAGUGGGAUACCUGAAUAUGGGUUUCUCCGCUCCGCUGCCCUCCAGCCCGCUGAGCUCUCGCGGCGUGGAAGACAUGUCCCACCAGAGGCCGACAUGCCACAACCCGGGCAUGCGGCGAGAGCAGGACCGCGUGGACUCCUUCCACCCAUGGACGCUCUCCAUUAUCACCCCCACAGAGCUUGCCAAGGCGGGCUUCUACUAUCUGGGCCAGGGCGACCGAGUGGCCUGCUUCAGCUGCGGAGGGCAGUUGAGUAACUGGGAGCCCGGUGACAGAGCUGUAUCCGAACACCAGAGACAUUAUCCAAACUGUCGUUUUGUCCGGGGGGACAGAGCGGACAACGUGUCGCUGGCCGGAGCGGCAGCAGCUGCGUCCGGAGCAGUGACAGCCCAGCUGUCCGCAGGAGGCCCGGCUCUCAGCAACGUCUCCAACCCCGCCAUGCAGCAGAGCGAGGAGAGGCGGCUCACAUUUGUCAACUGGCCGUCUCGUAUACCUGUCCGGCCAGACCAGCUGGCUAAAGCCGGCUUCUACUACGUAGGUCGUAACGAUGACGUCAAGUGUUUCUGCUGCGACGGAGGGCUCCGAUGCUGGGAGUCUGGAGAUGAUCCUUGGGUGGAACACGCUAAAUGGUUUCCUCGGUGCGAGUACUUGCUCCAGGAGAAGGGACAAGAGUUCGUUCACCAGAUCCAGGCUCGUUUUCCUCGGCUAUUUGAGCAGCUUUUAACAAACGGAGACAGCAGCUCCAGAGAAUUUGUCGAUCCUCCUGUGGUUCACCUCGGUCCAGGAGAGGAGCGAUCCGAGGACGCCGUCAUGAUGAACACCCCCGUGAUCAAGUCCGCCCUCGAGAUGGGCUUCGACCGGAGUCUGGUCAAGCAAACGGUCCAGAGCAAGAUCCUGACCAGCGGGGAGAACUACAGAACCGUCCAGGAGCUGGUGUCGGACCUGCUGAGCGCAGAGGACCAGAAGAGGGAAGAGGAGCGCGAGAUGAUGGCAGAGGCGAUGGCGUCAGAUGGUUUCACUUUCGUGAAGAGACACCAGGCAGCGUUGAUCCAGCGUCUGAAGAGUGUUGAGCCGGUGUCGGAGCAUCUGAGGGAGCAAAAUGUAUUAUCGGCCGAGGAGUACAGCGGUCUGCAGGCUCAGACGACGGCCCAGCAGCAGAACGCCAGGCUGAUCGAGCUCGUCCUCACCAAGGGCAACGCUGCGGCCGAGGUCUUCCGCAACUGGAUCCAGAAGAACGACGUCCACCUGCUCAGAGAUCUCAUGGCCCAGUCAAAUGAAGCUGCGUCACCGAGCCAAGAUCUUUCAGACCUUCCCAUGGAGGAGCAGCUGCGGCGCCUGCAGGAGGAGCGGACCUGUAAAGUGUGUAUGGAUAAAGAAGUCAACAUCGUCUUCAUCCCGUGUGGACAUCUGGUUGUGUGCAAAGAGUGUGCACCGUCGCUGAGGAAGUGCCCCAUCUGCAGGGGUCUAGUUAAAGGCACAGUACGCACCUUCCUCUCAUAACCAGGGACCCAUGUUCCCUCAGUCUCAUGUGUCACAACUGUGAUUGAAUGUAAAGCAAUACAAUGUCAAUUCAUAUUUACUGGAAAGGUUGUUUUGUUUUUGUCGACAAAACAUGUACGAUGUCAACAACUCUGCAUAAUUCAUCUACGUGAGCAGCUCACAGGUGAUACAGUAGUAAUGAUCAGCACAAGGCUGAUUUCAUAUUUGAUAUUAACAUGUUUUUUAUUAAAAAGGCUGAUAUACUUUUGGAGAUCAGUAUUAUACUAUUGACAAUAAAAAUCACAAUAAGGAAAUUCUCAUAAAAUAACCAAAGUUUAAUUCAAUGACCCAAGUUGAGCUGUGCAUUAAAAAUAACAACCGUUAUAUUAUUCUGUACCUAAGAUAAGAAUGUAUAAUGAAGGUAUAUAGCAGCAGCCCUGCAGUUAACAUUGGUAUAAUGGUUUAAAUAUGAUUUUGUUAGGUAUGGAAGAGAUGGUCAUUGUUACACAUUGUGUCAAGUAAAGGCAACAACUAAAUUAGCUACAGAAAGGUUUUUUAAUAUUCUUUAAUACUGUACUCAUUAACAUGAGUGGGAACAUUGCUGGAGUUGAAAUGUUUUUAAAAUAAAAUACAUUUUAAGAAGGGAAAGGGAACCUAUAUAAAUUCACAUACCACAUUUGCUGUUGUUUCAAGAUUUUCUUCAAUGUAAAAACUAAUAUUGUCAUACCAUACUAUCAAACUGAAGUGAUUUUGGUAAAAUGAAUGUAUACCUUAAUUCUUCAAUGUUAACCACAGUUGAUUUAGGUAACAAAUGUAAAUAUUUUCUUUAAUAAAAAUGUAUUCAAGUC